GGUCUCGCGCAUGCGCAGAGCCGCGGCCUAGCGCGGGCGGAUGGCGGGAGCGGCGGCGCUGCCGGCGGAGGAGCAGCAGCCGGGCGGCACCGGGCGCGCCCGGGUGGGGCUGUGCGUGCUGUGCGGGCUGCCGGCGGCCGGUAAAUCCACCCUGGCCCGCGCCCUGCGCCGCCGCCUGCCGCAGCGCCCGGGCUGGGCCUGCGCCCUCCUCACCUACGACGAACUCAUCCCGCCGGAAGCCUUCGGCCCGCGCGAGGCGGAGGUGGAGUCAACGGGGCCGCCCCCAUUGCCGCCCCGCUGGAAGCAGAGCCGGCGCGACCUGCUGCAGUGCCUGGAGCGCGUCCUGCGGGCGCUGGUGACCGGGGAGCCGCUGUCAGUCCCGGCCACGGCCCCGCCGGCCUGGGAGCGCUUCCUGGGCUGCUGCUGCGGGCAGGGGCUGCUCGCCCCGGCGGGGAGCCACGGAGAGGGACGUUCCUGGACACCGGCGGCCACAUCUGAGCCGCUCUACCUGAUCUUGGAUGACAAUUUUUAUUACCAGAGCAUGAGGCACGAGGUGCACCAGCUGGCACGCAAGUAUUCCUUGGGCUUCUGCCAGUUAUUUUUAGAGUGCCCACUUGAAUGCUGCUUGCAGAGAAAUCGUCUAAGAAGUGAUCCAUUACCUGACCAGACAAUAUAUUUAAUGGCAGAAAAAAUAGAAAUGCCAGACGUCAAGAAGAAUGCUUGGGAGCAGAACAGCCUCAUUCUGAAAAGUUUUGAUUGCACUUCAGAGGAUAAGUAUGCGACUGGGUUGAUGCUAGAGUUUUCAAUAAGUUCCGUUUUCAUAAAUGGUGAGCAGAUAAUUAAUUUGCUGGCCACUGCUUUGGAAAAUCCAUUGAAGCCAAAUGAAGAGAACACUGAGCAAAAGCGUGUUUGCCUGUGUUCUUCUUUCUGUUGGUCUCUCUGGCUAGGAAGCAGAUCGAGCAAUCUGUGCAGCAAGUGCUGUCCAUCAGGCCGAUCAGACAUGCAGGCGCAUCAUCUCUCAGACAAUGAAGGAUGCAAAAGAUAAAAACAUACUCCCAAAUGAGAUGAAGAGCCUGGCAGAACAACUCAACAAACUCAAAACCAAAUUUUUGGAAGACUUGCGCCAAGGAAAUAAUUUGAAAAACCAAAUUUGCACACAAAAUCAAUAUUCUGACCCUGCUACAAGUGUAAUUUCUUCAUUCCAACGUGAGGCAACUAAUGCACUUAAUAAAUAUAUUUUUAAAUGAUGACAUAGAAAACAUUGGUUGGCUUUUCAGAGUGUUUAAAAGGCCAUGCUCUUUCAGCAGUACAGCUGCAAACAUCAGAGAGGCGCAGCUUGCUUCCUAAGAGGCUCGUGCGUUCUCUAAAUCUUCUUCCCAGAUUAUGGAAGAGAAAUGAGCCUGUUUGAAGAUCAAGCUGACAACAAACCAUCCUGAGAUUUUAAAUUUUACAGAAUCAUAGGAAAAGUCAGCCUGGGAGGAACACCAAGAGUCAUCUAGUCCUGUUACCUGCUUACGGUGGGACUAUCUCCAAGCUGGAUCAGCCUUCUCAGAGCCUCCUCCAGCUGAAGUUUUGAAGAGCAUCGCGGAUGGUGACCUGCUCUGCUCUGUCAAACAAGCGUUUCCAGAAAACACGUGCCCGGGAAGGUAUAAAAACAAGAAAUGAGUUUGGCAUUUCAAUCACGAGGUGGGUUAACAGACCUACAGCAAAGUCAGGAUGUCAGCAGCCAAGUUUCAUCCAAGUCCUGCUUUGGUUUCCCAAGUACCUUCCUUAGAUCAGGCGCUUGGCUUCUCUGCGAGUUUCCCUGACAGAAGCUUUGCAAAGCACAAUGAAUUGGAGAUGCAGUUAAAUUAAGGUUCUCGAGAGCUGCACACAUGUACACACACGUAGGAUGAACUGCAGCAUCCAAAGGAACUUAAAAUUUGGUGCUGCCUUCAAAGUUGCUGACAAAAUACAGAGACAUCCCACAGGCAGUAACAACCACAAUACCGUGAUAAAACCUCUGAUUUCAGACAUACAGACACUCUUGAUAAUGAAAUAUGACUGAGGAACCAAAGUACUUGGAAAACAAUUGAAUGUGAAAAAUUAAAAGCAGAGAGGAAUUAAAGAGUGUCCUGGUUCAGUUCUAAAAUUAAGUAUUUUCAAAUUAAGCAGACUGAAACAUAAAUGGAGUGUUCCUUGCUUACCCAAAAGGUAAACUUACCUUCCUUACCUUAGGAGCCGUUCACUAGUUCCACGUGUUGAAUCAUAUGCAAUUAAGAAUUAACAUGAGGCUUAAUUAGAAAGUGUUAUUUUAUUCAUAUCUUACAAAAGCAAAGCUUCACAACAUGAACUACACUUGAUAUAGUUAUUUCAGAAUUAUCCUUGUCAUCUGAAAACAUUCACUACACAAUAAAAUUUAUUUUACAACUCUAA